AUGAGCUCCAGCAAGCCCCACGUCCCGCCCGUCGACCCCGACACGCUCUACACCAUCCCUAUCGCCGACCGACCGCGACACGGUCCGCUCUUCUCCAAGGUCUUCUUCCCACUUGCCUUCAACUUGGGUAUCCUGGGAAUCAAUGCCGUGCAGUUCUGCGCGCUGCCGCUGCUGUUGCUUCCGGUGGUUGGGAGGGGGAUGUUUGAGGCUGUUAUCGAUUGGACCAAGGACAGUUUUGGGCGAUUAUUGAUUCUCAUUACUGUCCUCUUCGCGCCGACGUCUCUACAUCUGACAACCGACUCCCCCUCCCUCGCCUCCAACCUCGUCGAGCGGGACGCUCACGGCCGAAUGACGCGCAUCAACCUCCCUGACAGACUCGUCAUCAUGGCCAAUCACCAAUGCUACACCGAUUGGAUGUACAUGUGGAUCCUGGCGUGCUAUGCUGGUCAUGCGGAGGGAUUGACUAUCCUGUUGAAGUGGAGUUUGAGGCAUGUCCCUUUUGUGGGCUGGGGAAUGCGCUUCUUCCGCUUCAUAUUCCUGAGGCGCUCAUGGGCAGCCGACCGAACAAACCUCACUAAAGCGCUCACUCGACUGGGCAAGGAUGCUCUGUCGUCGGACGAAUCGACACGACAUGCCCUGACGUCCGCUAGCGGCUCUACUUUGGGCAAAGGCGAGGAUGCUUCGCUCCUACCGCAGGUAUCUGAUACCGGAAGAUCACCCCUGUGGCUGCUCAUCUUUCCGGAGGGCACUAUUACGAGCGACGAAGAGAGGGCGAAGAGCGUCAAGUACGCAAAUAAAGAGGGAAUUGACGAUCUGGCCGUCGCUCUGCACCCGCGCUCGACUGGUCUUCUUUUCUGCCUUCGUACACUCCUGCCCCAGGUACCGGACCUCCAGCUGCUAGAUGUAACGAUCGGGUAUCCAGGCGUCCCGCUGGGCAAGUACCCCCAGUACUACUACGGCCUCGGAUCUGUCUUCUUCAACUCGGUGCCGCCACCUACUGUACACAUGCACCUCCGCUUACACUCGGACCUCUCCAGCAUCCCAUCCCUGAACACACCACCAACAUCAAAGGAUGACGCCUCGGCCCUCGCUGUCGAUAGUUCUUCCCAAGACCUGGCGACCCCACAGGAGGCCAGAGCAUUUGAGCUGUGGUUGCGAGGUGUAUGGCAGGAGAAGGACGAGCGGUUAAAGCGGUUCAUCCAGGAUCAGAAGUUCGAGGGAGAGGUUUCGGUUGUGCGGAUCAGGCAGACGAAGUGGUAUCACUGGGCAGCGGCGUUUGGGGCGGGCGGAGUAGGCGGUGUCAUAGUGGCAGGGCAGGCGUUGACAAGGAUAAUCAGUAGGUCAAGCAAGUCGACCGAACGGCGCGUCAGGCUUGGGAUAUGA